AUGUCCUUCUCCGCUCUCCGUCGCGCCGUCGUCGCCCCGGCCUCGUCCGCCGCCCGCGCCUUCAGCACCACCUCGCCUCGCCCUCUGGCCAAGAUCACCAUCAUCGGCAACCUCGCCGACACGCCUGAGCUGCACUCGACUAGCACCGGCCGCGAGAUCGUCCGCUACGCCGUCGCCAGCAACAGCGGGCCCCGCGACAACCGCAAGACCAGCUGGUUCAAGAUCACCAGCUUCGCUGAGGGCCCCGGCCGCGACUACCUCAUGAACUUGCCUAAGGGUGCCACUAUCUACGUCGAGGGCGAUGCCACUGUCAACACUUACACCGACGCUCAAGGCCAGACCCGUACCGGCUUCAGCGUUGUUCAGCGCUCCCUCGAGGUCCUCCGACGCCCCCAGGCUCCUGAGCAGGGCGAGUAA